CCGACGGAGCGGCAGCGGCGGUGGACAGACGGGACUUCCGGCCGGCGCGCAGACGGUAAAAACCCUGGAAUUAAAAUAGCAAAACGAGGAUUACCUGGGAGGAUGUCGGUAUCAAUUAUAAUAAAGUGGAGUGGGCAGGAAUAUCCUGUGACAAAGCUGACGGAAGAAGAUACAGUUCUGGACUUGAAGGAGAUGAUUAAGACUCUAACUGGUGUGCUGCCGGAACGACAGAAGUUACUUGGUUUGAAAAUCAAAGGUAAAGCUGCAGAAGAUGACGUAAAGCUGGGCGUGCUUAAAUUGAAACCAAAUACUAAGAUUAUGAUGAUGGGCAGCAGGGAGGAGUGCCUGGAGGAAGUCUUGGCGCCACCCCCUGACAAUGAAGACAUCAUCAAUGACUUUGAUAUUGAAGAGGAUGUUAUAGAGGUGGAGAACAGGGAAGAAAACUUGGCCAAAAUUGCACGCAGAGUAAAGGAAUACAAAAUAGAAAUGCUGAACCAACCUCGGGAAGAGAAAAAGCUACUAGUUUUAGAUGUCGAUUACACAUUAUUUGACCAUAGGUCCUGUGCUGAGAGUGGACUUGAACUGAUGAGGCCGUACCUACAUGAGUUCCUCACAUCAGCAUAUGAAGAUUAUGACAUUGUUAUAUGGUCUGCAACUAGUAUGAAGUGGAUUGAAGUAAAAAUGAAAGAACUGGGAGUCACAACACACGCUAACUACAAGAUAACCUUCAUGCUGGACAGUGCAGCUAUGAUCACAGUGCACACACCUAAGAGGGGAGUAGUGGAGGUCAAGCCACUGGGAGUCAUUUGGGAUAAAUUUCCUGAGUUCUACACUAGAAAAAAUACAAUAAUGUUUGAUGAUAUUGGGCGAAACUUUUUGAUGAAUCCACAAAACGGACUAAAGAUUCGACCUUUUAUGAAGGCUCAUCUGAAUCGAGAUAAAGAUAUGGAACUGCUGAAAUUGUCACAAUACCUGAAGGAGAUUGGCAAGUUAGAAGACUUCACGGAGCUUAAUCAUAAAUACUGGGAAAGGUAUCUCUCCAAGAAACAAGGGCAAUGAUUCCCUUAUGGAUCUCCGUGCCCUAGGUUGUGUACACUUCAGAAUUACGUGACAAAACUUUAACUGUGAUUGAACUCUGAACAAGUGCUGAGCACUUUGACAGACAAAAACAUUAAAAAAAAAAACACGCCAAAGGGACUUAUCAACUGACAAACUACCUGCAAUUUUCCCCAUCCUUUGGUCUUUCACUGUGGACAAGCGAAAUGAGCAAAGGACAACAUGCUUCAGCAAAAUCCUGUCACACUGCGUGAAUUCAUAGGAACGUAUUCCUGCUUUGUUGCCAUUAAUCUGAUGUGUGUCUAAGUGUGGCUUCCUUGCUUUGUUGUGAAGUUGGCAGAUAACAGCAGUAUGCUAACUGCUGGUUACUCUUGUAUAGAGCACUGUGAGUUGCUUCCAUUUACUUUAAGCAGUUCUUCCCUGUGUGCCGAGUUGGAUUACAUAAGUGAAUAGAAGGUUCAGUUCCCAUAUGUAGAAUUUCGGAUUGACCAAGGUUUUAAGAGGGGGAACAUUUUAAAGUAAUCUCCGGUGGAAUUGGCUCCUGUGUAUCAGCAGUAACUGCAGGUCUGCAGCCUUACAAUCCACUGCAAGUUCCCCACUCUGAAGCAAGGAAAUACUUCCACUCAGUUAAAUUUUGUAUGAAAAUGUGGAGUCGUCAAGUAUUUGCAUAGUCCCAUAGUGGCCCAGAAGCUUGGAUUGGACUGGGUUAUAGGUUUCAGUGGUGCUUACCAUUCAGACCCAAAAAAACGGUUUUGCCUUCAUUAUUGUCCAAUACUCUGUUGCACCACAAAUUGUAUUUUACAUUGACAAUGUUGAUUACUAUGAGGUAAUCCAGAUCUCUUGCUGAAGGUUAUUCAGGUUGCAUUGCACUGUAAACUGGUUUUCUGGGGGCUGUGCUUUGAGAUCUACCUUCAUGGAUAAUUGGCAUGGCUUUAAUUCUAUAUAUCCAGCUGUCUUACGGGGAGCAAUUGCAACUUGCUGUUUUUCUGUACUGAAAGGUACCUGAAAUAACGAGGCUAAAGUGAAAAUGUUACAUUACAAAUUGCAGGAACACAGAAAGAUCUUCAUCAAAUACUAAGGAGACGAUCUUAAAUACUAUCCUCACAUGGUUUCUUGUGGAUAGCUUAAAGUGUGGAAGAAUCCGCUGUUCCAGUGUGUUGUGUUUGAUUUGUUAAAAAAUUGCUUGCAAGGUUACAAGAACUCGAGUCUUCCAUGGCUAACUGCACCCAACAGUACAAAGAAGGUGGCCUGUGAAGGAUGACCCAGGUCCCAAGGAAAGCCUUUCAGUUGAGGAAGAGCCAUCACAUUCCCAUUGUGCCUGCAGUCACGGGGGCACCCGGCAAAUUUUCACAUUGUAUUUCUUUAAUGGUGCUCUUCUGUCACGAUGCUGCUUAAGUACUAAAGCAGCCACAAAGCCAAUAAACUAGUGGUUCCUGCAGUGAAUCUACAUGUCAGGAUAAAUCAAACCUUCAAAGAAAAUCAUCCACACCCCCCCACCCAUCCCACAGUCACUUCCUUAGCAGUGUAGUACAGAGCAGACAAAUAACAGUGUUUUACGUCGAUCGACAUUGGUUCCCCUGCUGGGAAUUGAAGUAAAAACUAAUCAGUUUACCGUUUAGUCUGACUGACAGGCCCAGAAAUGUGCUGGAAUUUUUCUGUUGGUUUCUUCAUGUUGUGUAUUUCAUUUGUUACUGUUGUGUGCUUAUUCUCAUUUAAAAUAAAUAAAACAGGCAUUCCAGGUUAAA